CUGUCAGUUUGCACACUUUUGAGUUUCACAUUGUGGUAUCAGAGCUCAAAGCAACCUGUAACCAUCUGAUUGAGAGAGAAAUCUGCAGGAGACUGCAGAUAGGGUAAAGGGAAACACGAGAGAUCAAGUGAGGACCAUAUUUGGGAAAGAGAGGUUGAUUCAUCGUGUGAGUGUGAAGCAUGGGAGAGAGUAGCAGUUUUGCUCAGGUCUGUAUCCCUAAGUUUGAUGGGGACUACGACCACUGGAGUAUGUUAAUGGAGAACUUGCUUCGAUCCAAGGAGUACUGGAGAGUUGUGACUGCAGGAGUUCAGGAACCGGCUGAAGGAACAGAACUGACUGCAGAGCAAACCAAGGUUUUGGACGACUCAAGAUUGAGAGAUUUGAAGGCCAAGAAUUACCUGUUCAAUUCCAUAGACAAGACCAUUCUGAAAACAAUCACCAGCAAAGCCACUGCUAAGGAACUCUGGGAUUCCAUGAAGAUGAAGUUCCAAGGGAAUGCUCGAGUGCAGAAAGCACAACUUCAGAGUCUUAGACGCAGUUUUGAGAUUCUUGAGAUGAAGGAAGGUGAGGCUGUGACUGACUAUUUUGGACGUGUAAUGGUAGUUGCUAAUGCUAUGAGAAACUGUGGUGAAAGCAUGCCUGAUGAGAAAAUUGUGGAAAAGAUACUGAGAACUUUGACAGAAAGGUUUAACUAUGUAGUCUGCUCAAUCGAGGAGUCCAAAGACAUAAGCCUACUUUCUGUUGAUGCUCUUCAGAGCUCUCUGCUAGUUCAUGAGCAGAAGUUUCACAAGAAACCUGCUGUAGAGGAAGAUCAGGUAUUGAAAGUCACUUAUGAAAGUGGUAGCAGGGGUGGCAGAGGACAAGGAAGAGGUUAUUUUGGUCGAGGAAGAGGAAGAGGUGGAAGAGGAUGGAGUAGAGACACUGUAGAGUGUUAUAAAUGUCACAGGCUGGGACAUUACAGAAGUGAAUGUCCAGAAUGGAAUAAUCAGCAUCAACAAGCUCAUUUCUCAGCAUCAGUGGAUAUGAAAGAUGAUGUUCUACUGAUGGCUUGGAUGGAUGAAGAUGAAAUGGUAUUUCAUGAGGAAGAGAAGGAGUCUGAAGUAGCAAUUAUUCCCAAGAUUUUCCAGUCAAAAGAACCUGAGGAACCUGAUUAUGCCAUGGCUUUACUUGAACCAGCAGCAGAUGAGUCAAGAUAUGAUAGUUGGUGGUUCCUAGACUCAGGUUGCAGUAAUCAUAUGACUGGAAAUAAAGAGUGGUUUAUCUCAAUUGAAACCACAGGGACUGGUCUGGUGAAGCUAGGAAAUGGCACAAAGUUAGAAGUCAAAGGGAGAGGACCAAUCAGAGUGAAGACUGACCUUCAGGCCUUAGUGAUUCAGGAUACAUAUUAUGUACCUGGAUUGAAGACAAAUCUGCUAAGUCUUGGACAACUGCAGCAGAAGGGUUUGGAGUUCUUAAUCAAAGGAAAUGUGUGUCGAGUUUACCAUGAAACUAAAGGCCUGAUCAUGAAUGUUCACAUGAAAACAAAUCGAAUGUUUGUUGUUCACAGUGAGCUACCUGGUAAACAAAUGGAGUCUGAGUUGCAGUGUCUUCAAAUCACAGCAGCUGACACAGCAACACUGACUCUCUGGCACAGGAGGUAUGGUCACAUCAGCUUUCAAGGAUUGAUUGGAUUACAGAAGAAAAACAUGGUGACUGGACUUCCAGUUUUGAAAGGAACACCUGGUGUUUGUGCUACCUGUCUGGCUGGAAAGCAGCACAGAAAACCUUUCCCCAAGAAGAGUCAAUGGAGAGCUAGCAGGAAGCUGGAAUUGCUUCAUGCUGACCUGUGUGGACCAAUUACCCCUAUCUCUAAUGGAGGUAAAAGGUAUGUUUUCACUAUAAUUGAUGAUUUUAGCAAAAAACUGUGGGUUUUCUUUCUGGCUCAGAAAUCUGAAACCCUAGGAGUGUUUAAAAACUUCAAAGCUCAAGUUGAGAAGGAGGUUGGUGCAGGAAUCUGUUGCUUAAGAACUGAUAGAGGGGGUGAAUUCAUACUUGGUGAGUUUCAGACUCUAUGUGAAGAAGCUGGCAUUAGAAGACAGCUGACUGCAGCACUAACACCACAGCAGAAUGGUGUUGCUGAGAGGAAAAAUAGAGCAAUAAUGAAUAUGGUUAGGUGUUUAUUAUCUGACACAAAGGUUCCAGCAGUGUUUUGGCCAGAAGCAGUCUUGUGGACUACUCAUGUUCUGAAUAGAAGUCCCACAGUGGCACAUGAACACAAGACUCCUCAAGAAGUUUGGACUGGUCAACCUCCAUCUGUUGAUCAUUUCAAGGUGUUUGGAUGUAUUGGUCAUGUUCACAUUCCAGAUAAGCAAAGAAGGAAACUAGAUGAUAAAAGUCAACCUUGUAUCUUUUUGGGACUAUCAUCAGAAUCUAAAGCUUAUAAGCUUUACAACCCACUCACAAAGAAGCUGAUUGUGAGCAGGGAUGUGGUGUUUGAUGAAAGUCAAGGCUGGAGCUGGGAUAAGGAGGCACAACCAGUUGACACAAGUCUGGUUUGGGAAGGUGAUGAUGAGGAUUGGUAUGCCUCAGAUGAUGAAGAGGCUGAUGAAAAAUCUGAUGAUGCAGUUGUUACUUCCUCACAGUCCACAACAACUGCUACUUUAACAUCUCCAACUCUAGAGACUAAUGAAGAAGAAGAAAGUGUGGAGGACAGUUCUCAUAAUACUGAUUCUGGUUCUACAAGUACUGGUCUUGGUUCUCGAGUCAGAAAGCCUCCAGCUCACUUGCAAGACUAUGAUCUUAACUAUGCUGCAGACUGGUGUGCCAUGGUUGCAGUCACUGAAGAUCCUUUGACCUAUGAGGAAGCCUCCAAAGAUGAGAAGUGGAAUAAGGCUAUGCAAGUUGAGAUGACUUCUAUCAAGAAGAAUGAUACUUGGGAACUUACUGUUUUACCAGAAGGUGCAAGAUGCAUUGGACUGAAGUGGGUUUAUAAAACUAAGCUGAAAGAAGAUGGCUUACUAGAUAAGCAUAAGGCAAGAGUGGUGGCCAAGGGUUUUUCUCAACAACAUGGCAUUGACUUCACUGAAGUCUUUGCACCAGUGGCCAGAUGGGACACAAUUCGAACUUUCUUGGCUUUAGCUGCUGCACAUGGAUGGCCUGUGUUUCAACUUGAUGUUAAAAGUGCCUUUCUCAAUGGGACACUGACAGAGGAAGUAUAUGUAGAACAACCAAAGGGUUUUGUGAUUGCAGGGGAAGAACACAAGGUCUAUAGAUUGAAGAAAGCCUUGUAUGGAUUGAAACAAGCUCCUCGAGCUUGGUACAGCAGAAUUGAAGGGUAUUUUGUUGCUCAUGGCUUUCAGAAAUGUCCAUAUGAACAUACUUUGUUUGUUAAAAAGAUUGGCAAAAGCAUUCUGCUGGUAAGUCUCUAUGUAGAUGAUCUGAUGUUUGCUGGCAAUGAUCCUCAAUUGAUUGCUGCCUUCAAACAGUCCAUGGAAGCUGAAUUUGAGAUGACUGACUUGGGGAGGAUGAAAUACUUUCUAGGAGUGGAAGUCAGUCAAUGCAAGUCUGGCAUUUUUAUCUCUCAGCAGAAGUACACUAGAGAAGUCUUGGAAAGGUUUAAACUUCUGGAGUGUAAUCAUGUCAAGAAUCCUAUGACACCAGGACUCAAGUUUACCAAGGCAGGAGAUGGAAUUUUGGUUAACUCCACAGAGUACAAGCAAUUGAUUGGAAGUUUAUUGUACAUCACAGCAACCAGGCCAGACAUAAUGUAUUCUGUGUGUUUGUUGAGCAGGUUUAUGGAGAAUCCUACAAGGCAGCAUAUGCUAGCAGCUAAGAGGGUGUUGAGAUAUCUUAAGGGAACACUUGGCUAUGGUGUUUUAUACAUAAGAGAGGCUGGGGAGGAAUCUCUGCAAGGGUUCACAGAUAGUGAUUAUGCUGGUGAUGUGGAUGAUAGGAAAAGCACCAGUGGCUAUGUUUUCUUUUUGGCAGGCGGAGCAGUGUCAUGGGCUUCAAAGAAGCAGCCAGUGGUGACUCUUUCCACCACUGAAGCAGAGUUUGUUGCAGCUUCGUUCUGUGCAACUCAAUGUGUCUGGUUAAGAAGGGUUCUGUGUCAAAUGGGAUGGGGAGAAAGUGUGAAGGACAGCACAACAAUCUACUGUGACAAUAACUCGACCAUAAAGCUCUCGAAAAAUCCAGUCUUUCAUGGUAGGAGUAAGCACAUAGAUGUGCGUUUUCACUUCCUAAGAGACCUGGCUAAUGAAGGAGUUGUGGAACUGGAAUACAUUGGAACUGGAGAGCAGGUGGCAGAUGUGAUGACCAAACCUUUGAAACUGGAAAUGUUCCAGUUGAUGCGAGAGAGACUUGGUGUGUGUAAUGGAGAUGAAGUCGAGUGACAAGAAUCAGGGUGAACUGAAGAAAGGAGGAGAUUUCAGUUCAGGGGAGGAUGUUGGAGGAAGGUCUGAAACUCGAGCUGCAGAGGAAUGUGGCGCCAGGUUUCAAGUUUGAAGUUUAGAGUGUCUUGUGUCAAAACUGUGUAGUGUGGUUAUUUACGCUUUGGUCACUUGUGUUAUGUUUGUGUUCAUUAGAGUCCAGCAGUUCAGUAGCUUUGUGUAGAAGGCAGUUAAGCUUGGAAGUUAAGGUUUAGGUUCAGAGAGUGAUCGUGGGUUGUGGGAAACCAGGAUUACUGACUGGAAACGUCUCUGUAUAUAAGUGUCUAUGCUCUAAAUGGAAUAAACUGUCAGUUUGCACACUUUUGAGUUUCACAGAUACGUCGCAAAAUCUACGGACCAACCCCCAAAAAAAACAGAAAAAACUAAGAGAGUCAGAUUUUACGUACGUUGGAGGAAGAACGUAACCAUUGCAUGCAUGCAUGGUUUUGAUUAAUGGGUUGGAUCAGUCGGUCAACGACGACUUACCGUAUCCCACGACCAGGAAGGAGAGCGACGCGGUUGUUGACAGCAGCGCCGGUUUCACCAUCUUUGGUAGUAAGAUGAAACGGUGAGAAAAGUCUGUGACGGCCGAACUUGGUGUGGCUGCUACGAAGAACUAGGGUUUGAGAGAGGAGGGAAAGUUAUAAGGAAGAAGAUGAAGCUGCAUGCAAUUGCAUGCCUUUUCUUUGGAUGAUUCUCGUUCAUAUAUAUACACAGUUAUUAUUACACUGACGGUAGCUAGAGAGGACGAUGGAGUAUGGGAAGAGUCAUAUUUCAUUACGGUACGCAAAUACCGUUUUUUUUUUUUUUUUUUGCACAAAGGGUUGAAAAUGCAGAUAAGCCGUUUGAUAUCCAAACGUUGUAAACCUAAGCAAAAUUACAAAAACCCUUUUCCCCCUAAAUCACAUAACGGUCAGAUUUGAGAUACGGGUUUUUGUCUGUUUUCCGCCAUUGACAGUUGCUUCCACCAGUACGUCUCUUGCUUAUUAACCUACCGGCGUCGCUAUGUACGUAAACAGGAAUCACGUAUUAUAAGUAGCACAGACGUAAGUGUGCAUGCAUAUGCAUGCAUUUCAUCUCUAGUCUUGUUUCUUAUGUAAUUAUGGAUUUCGUUUCGUGUAAAAUGGAACUCUCCCUUCACUCUCUCUCUCUCUCUCUCUCUCUCAAGCAGAAGUCGUUAAUAUACCUUCUGGGUGAAGAAGUUCCGCAUGUGAUAUAUGAACAAAUUAAAUAUGGUGAUGAUAGGGAGAGAAAGAAAGAGAUGAUGGAGAUGGAGUCUUUGUUUGGGGAGUUAGGCGACGAUCCGGUUUACACUAGAUCGCGAGUCGGAUCAGGUCGAAUAUAUAAUUUCGGUUCGGUUUUGGACUUUGGUCUAUGAAUUAAUUUAAGUAUAAAUGAAAAAUGGACGCAAAUUGAAUUUGGAUCGGACCAAAUGAGCCAAAUGUUUUUUUUUGUCUAGUACCGGACCUCAUUUUUCUUUGUUUUGGUCCGCUCGCGAGGUUUAGAUUGGACAGCAAUAGACCGAGUCGAUUAUAACAUGGUUCGUUUCUUGCUCCCAUGAAUUUUAUAAAUAGGAAAGAAAAAUGAAGCGAAAUGACAUUUUGUACCAUACCAAAAAACACCAAAUCAAACCGAAAGAAAUGUUUUGUCCGCUCCUUGAUUUCUAAGAUUUCUUUUACUAUUGGAACGCGCAAUUCUACCGAAGCCAACCGUUACACACCCCUACCUCUUGUUCAAUUGCUAGAUAAAGGAAAAUCUUGAUCUUAGUCUUAGAAGCAUUAUCUCUAAUCUUGUUCUUGUAGAUAAAUUGUAUAUCUUUAAUUUCUUUCUUUUUUCUACACAUCUUUAAUUUCUUGAUAGUAUACUAACUGAUUUUUUUUAAUGACUACAGAUAUAUAACAAUAUGUUCUUUUUAUAAUGGAUUUUGAUUGGUUGAUAAUAAAACCAUAUAUCAUACACACGUCACAUAUUUGGUUUAUUGUUAAAUAAUGAUAAAUGUUAAAAGUGCCGGUCGAUUGUGGACAUAACUGGCAUCAUGGGCUGGGCCGGAUUUAACGAAAGUCCAGGGGCCUGACAGAAUUGAAAUUGGGCCACAGUUAAAAACCACUCUAAAGUAAGGAGGGAAAGAAAACAUGUCACCAGUCCAGUUCAUCGAUGGAAAUAAAGGGAUAGUCGAGGAGGAUGGUUGGACUUGUACAGUAGUUUAUUAGCUAAUUACAAUCAUCUGAGUAACCACACUAAUCAGCGUCCGACGCAAUUGUGAAUUAACCAAGUGGUAAUUAAGAAUUGAAUAAACACAUUCCAUCCCCCGUAAACGCCUAACAAGACAAUUUAACGUGUGAGAAAACACACACACAAAAAAAAAAAAAAAAACAGGGGACAAGAAUUUCCAAAAUCAACGUUGGACUCACGCUGCCUAACAGCCUAAGCUAAUUCUCUGCUUUUGCCCGCCAUGGGACCUAUCUUUGUUGGGAAGAAGAUGGCCCAAUCAGUGGCGGAUCCAGAAAUUCUAUAUAGGGAUGUCCUCUUCAAAAAUUAAACUAAAUUAAAUAUUAAAAUUAAAUUAAACAAUUAUUAAAUAUGAAAAUAUCUGACUAAUAAAAGUUACAUUAAGAGUUCAGACAUGUUUCAUAAAAUGGUAAAAUACAUUCGGUGUCUAUACUGCUCAACAAUGAUCUUUCGACAUAUCCUACUAGAAAAGGGUAUCCAGUAAUUGGGUUUAAUCGUUAGGUUUUAAAAAUAAUUUGGAAUAAGAAUAACAUUUUACUAUUAUAUUUGAAUAUAGAACACAAUAACAAAUGAGUUGUAGUGUAAUUGAAAAUAUGUUUACUAAUAGUGGCAGUGUCUCAAGUUUAAAUCACAUAAACUACUACUAAAAUAUUAUUUGUACUAAUACGCAAACUACUAUGAGAGGUUGGAUAAUCGUUUUCCCAAAUUUUAAGGGUGUCCCACUACCACUUAAGCAAUUUUUUUUCCUCAUAUACAAACUACUAUCGGAGGUUGAAUAAUCGUGUUUCCAAAUUUUAGGGGUGUCCCGGGACACCCCUAGACAUGCAUGUAUCCGCCCCUGGCCCCAAUGUUCCCUCCAUAUAUAGCGAAAGGCCGAAAAAAGACAGUCCAUAGGAGACGAUCUCCGAUACUAUUUAUCGUGAAAUCGGGCUUCCUUCCUUUCCAGAUCUUCCCCUGCCCUUCCAAAAGAUCAAUGCGUAACAAACACUUGUGUAUUUUAACCAAGGAAAUGGCAGAUACGAAUUAAUUUGUUUCUGUAGCACAUACUUUAUAAGAGUUAUUAACCAAAGUUAUGGACAUGUAUGUUCGCCACCUUACGGUACUAUCAAGAAACCUACAUUGUCCUU